UUCCAUUUAAUUUUACAAUUUUAAAUUUCUUUGUGAAGAGAGUUACUGUUGAGUUUCUUCUACAUUACACUUACUCUUCCAUUUUGAUUCCCUCACUCAAAAACCCUAAUUUUGUUCUAGUUCUUAAGAUUUUAACAGUUACUCUCAGAUCGGUUCUGCUGCACAUCAACAGAAGUUGGGUGUGCAGUUCUAAUUCUAGACCAAAAGCUUCGAGUUUGCGUUUUCGGGUUUUGUUUUCAGUCAUGGCCGGUGACUCCAAGGCAAAUCUUUCCAAUGGUAAUGCUCAUAUACAGCAGCCUGAUCCUCAAAGAACUUAUCAAGUUGUGGUGGCUGCAACUAGGGAUAUGGGAAUUGGUAAGGAUGGAAAGCUCCCAUGGAAAUUACCUUCUGAUCUUAAAUUUUUUAAGGAUAUCACUUUAACUACUGCUGAUUCUGGGAAAAAGAAUGCUGUUAUAAUGGGUAGAAAAACAUGGGAAAGUAUUCCACUUCAGUUUCGGCCUCUUCCUGGCCGUCUCAAUGUUGUUCUGACUCGUUCUGGUAGUUUUGAUAUUGCUACUGCUGAGAAUGUGGUGAGUUGUGGAAGUUUAUCAUCUGCUUUGGAAUUAUUGGCUGCUUCUCCCUAUUGCCUCUCAAUUGAGAAAGUCUUUAUUAUAGGUGGUGGUCAAAUUUUGAGAGAAGCUCUCAAUGCUCCUGGAUGUGAUGCUGUCCACAGCACAGAAAUUGAGACUAGCUUUGAUUGUGAUACUUUCAUUCCUCCAAUUGACUUCUCUGUAUUCCAACCCUGGUAUUCAUCCUUUCCCUUGGUGGAAAAUAACAUAAGAUAUUGUUUUGCGUCGUAUGUUCGAGUAAGGAGUUCUGCACUUGAAACCCUUGGUCAAAAUGAUGGUUUGAUCUCUGAUAGUGCUUCAGAAAACAAUAAGUUCGAUGUCAAAAAGUUCUCAUUCCUUCCUAAGCUGGUUUUUGACAGACACAACGAGUUCUUAUAUCUGAGACUUGUUCAAGACAUCAUCUCUGAUGGUAAUUUGAAGGAUGACAGAACUGGAACUGGUACUUUAUCGAAAUUUGGCUGUCAGAUGCGGUUCAACUUGCGCAAAACUUUUCCGCUGCUUACAACAAAAAAAAUAUUCUGGCGUGGGGUUGUGGAAGAACUCCUAUGGUUCAUUAGUGGCUCGACAAAUGCCAAGGUUCUUCAGGAAAAGGGCAUUCAUAUUUGGGAUGGCAAUGCAUCUAGAGAUUAUCUCGAUAGUAUUGGGUUAAAGGACAGAGAGGAGGGUGACCUGGGACCUGUUUAUGGAUUUCAGUGGAGACAUUUUGGUGCUAGGUAUACUGACAUGCAUGCUGACUACACUGGCCAAGGAUUUGAUCAGUUGUUAGAUGUUAUUAACAAGAUUAAGAAAAAUCCAGAUGAUCGUCGAAUUAUUCUUUCAGCUUGGAAUCCUUCUGAUUUAAAGUUGAUGGCACUACCUCCAUGCCACAUGUUUGCUCAGUUCUAUGUAGCCAAUGGGGAGUUAUCAUGUCAAAUGUAUCAGCGAUCUGCUGACAUGGGCUUGGGUGUGCCAUUCAACAUUGCAUCAUAUAGUCUCUUGACAUGCAUGAUCGCUCAUGUUUGUGAUCUCAUCCCGGGUGAUUUUAUUCAUGUGAUUGGGGACGCUCAUGUAUAUAACACUCAUGUCAGGGCUCUUGAAGAGCAGCUUCAGAAGCUGCCAAAACCUUUUCCAAUUUUGAAGAUUAAUCCAGAGAAGAAGAACAUAGAUUCUUUUGUGGCAGCUGAUUUCAAACUCAUCGGAUAUGAUCCUCACCAGAAAAUUGAAAUGAAAAUGGCCGUGUAGAGCUUCUUAGUAGUUAACAAAGUUGGACACACUUUGGACCGCCCCUAGGCAAUAGUUUUCUUGUAGUUUUGAGUCAGGCACAACUAUGGCAGGGCUUACCUUGACUGAGUGUUUAACAGCUGAAAAUAAACUUUUGUUAGUCGGAUAUACGGCAAGCUUUUCUCUUUUAGUAAGAAUCCUCUAGUCCCACGGUUUUGGUGGUACUAAGGUGAUUUAGUUUAUCUGUAUCUCUAUCUUCACAAUUUUAAUUUAUACCCUGUGAAACAGGUAUAUUACUGAACUAUAACAUAUUAUUAAGUCUACUGUUUUAGUAAUGGAUUGGAAUGUGGAUUAUUUUUCAUUGGUCAUUAAUUUCAUGGAUUGUUAUUGCA